CUAGACGGCAAGACAGCUGGACAAGACCUGCAAGCAGAUCCUCUGGGCCCCCAGGGACUGUAGCCCACACCAUGGCAGAUUCUCAGCGCUCUUCGGCCCCCAGGUGCUGGACUGCCUGCACCAACUUCUUGUGCACCCAAAAGGGAAUUCUCCUGUCUGCUGAGAUUAUCUUGUGCCUGGUGAUUCUGACCCUCUUCAGUGCCUCCACGUCAGGAUAUUCCUCUCUGUCGGUGAUUGAAUUGAUCAUUGCUUCUAUCUUCUUUGUCAUGUACGUGUGUGACCUGCCUUCCAAGAUACAAUUCAUUCACUGGCCUUGGAGUGAUUUCUUCCGAUCCUUCACAGCCACCAUCCUCUACCUGGUCACCUCUAUUGUUGUCCUUGUUGAGAGAGAAAAUCGUUCCAGAAUCGUUGCAGGGACGCUGGGCCUACUGGCUACGUGCUUCUUUGGCUAUGAUGCCUACGUCACCUUCCCCUUUUCACAAUAAAGACACACAGCAGUGCCCACUGAGCCUGCUGAUACCCUCGCCCAGUGCCAAAGAAUCCCUUC